UUUAUUUUGAAAAUGACGUUGUGCGUCAGGUGGUUAUCGCUUUGCCUCGUCAUAAGGUUGCGCACUUCACUCUGAAUGUUUAUGACAAUAUGGCGGAAGGAGAGGAGCCGGAGAAGAAAAGAAGGAGAAUAGAGGAGCUGAAUGAGAAUAUGGUUGUGGAUGGAGGGAAUGGGGAUCGCAGUGACUGGCAGGGACAAUGGGACCAUGUCAAAAAGUUCUUAGAGAGAGCGGGACCCUUCACUCAUCCGGAUUUUGAACCCAGCACUGAGUCUCUCCAGUUUUUAAUGGACACAUGCAAAAUUCUGGUUAUUGGAGCUGGUGGACUUGGUUGUGAGCUGCUCAAAGAUCUGGCCUUGUCAGGUUUUCGGCAUAUUCAUGUGGUGGACAUGGACACCAUUGAUAUCUCUAACCUCAACAGACAGUUCCUCUUCAGACCAAAAGAUGUGGGCCGACCAAAGGCAGAGGUUGCAGCAGACUUUGUAAAUGACAGGGUCCUAGGCUGCAAUGUUGUCCCACAUUUUAAGAAAAUCCAGGACUUGGAUGAGUCAUUUUACAGGCAAUUUCACAUAGUGGUCUGUGGUCUGGACUCUGUUGUUGCCAGAAGAUGGAUGAACGGCAUGCUGUUAUCCCUGCUGAUUUAUGAAGAUGGUGUCCUGGAUCCCAGUUCCAUUAUUCCAUUAAUAGAUGGAGGCACAGAGGGCUUCAAGGGCAAUGCCCGGGUGAUCCUUCCAGGCAUGACAGCUUGCAUCGAUUGCACCCUGGAGCUCUACCCUCCACAGAUUAACUUUCCGAUGUGCACUAUUGCAUCUAUGCCACGGUUACCAGAACAUUGUGUUGAAUAUGUCCGCAUACUGCUUUGGCCCAAAGAAAAGCCUUUUGGAGAUGGUGAAGCCCUAGAUGGAGACGACCCAAAGCACAUCCAGUGGGUGUACCAGAAAUCUCUGGAUAGAGCAGCAGAGUUCAGCAUCACUGGGGUGACUUACAGACUCACCCAGGGGGUCGUGAAGAGAAUAAUUCCUGCUGUGGCUUCUACAAAUGCUGUUAUUGCUGCUGCUUGUGCCACCGAGGUUUUUAAAAUUGCCACAAGCGCCUACGUUCCCUUGAACAACUACAUGGUGUUCAAUGAUGUGGAUGGGCUGUACACUUACACCUUUGAGGCUGAGAGAAAGGAGAACUGUUCAGCCUGCAGUCAGGUGCCACAGGACCUGCAGUUCCUACCUUCAGCUAAACUCCAGGAGGUUCUGGACUACUUGACUGAGAACGCCUCUCUCCAAAUGAAGUCUCCUGCCAUCACCACAACUCUGGAUGGAAAAAACAAAACUCUGUAUUUACAGACUGUAGCAUCUAUUGAAGAGAGAACGCGACCGAAUCUAAGCAAAACACUGAAAGAGCUUGGACUAGUGGACGGACAGGAGCUGGCCGUGGCUGAUGUCACGACUCCUCAGACCGUGCUCUUCAAGCUCAACUUCAUCUCAUAGGAUUAGUGCUUCAUUCUAAUGGACAGUUACAAGUGUUAUUGCAGUCAUCAUCAAAAUGAAGCAGUCUUGGAGUUGUAGUCUAUAAACUCAACAUAUUUAUCUGUUUUGGUCAGCUCCGUCCGUCAAAGACACUUACAGGAGACUUUUUUUGUCUUGCACUGCUAUAGUCACAGGAGUCGUUUUGGUGGAUUUCUUUUUUUAUGCAAAUUGUUUAUCUAUUUAUUUGUGCAUUCAAACACAGUAUCUUGUUCAUUGACUUGUAGAACAAAUGUUCAUGUUUUGAAUUAAAUUUGGAAACCUUAUUUUUUAACAAAUACAGAAGUCCUAGUCCAGUAAUGUUUUCCUAACUAUCAAUUUCCUUUUAGUCAAUUUGUGAAUAAAUAUAUGUGGUUAAAUAUUCAAA